AUGCCUGCGCUGUUGGACUCAUCUUCUUCGUCGACCCCAACAACCACACGGGCAGGUGUAAUCGAGUCACAUUUGCAUCUGGAUUCGCAUUCUGAGCGUCAACCUCAACCGUCAUCCACAUCUGGAAUGAAACCACCAACAGAGGAUGAAGACAAGGCUUACUACGACUCACUUCCAAUCAACACCUCACCCAACGUGACUCCCGCGUCGCCGCCGAAUGCACAACCGACGAUUGGACUCAUCGGGAUGGGAGCGAUGGGUCGGAUGUAUGCUCGCCAUUUGGGCGAUGCGGGGUGGUCCAAAAUCAAUGUAUGCGACAUUCCAGAAAAAUACGAGCAGCUCAAGGCCGACUACGCAGGAAACCCCAACAUCUGCCCUAUGCGCGACGGACACGCGGUAGCGCGCUCGUCAGAUUUCAUUGUCUACUCGGUCGAAGCAGAGUUCAUCGAGAAAGUUGUCGCUCAGUACGGCCCAUCGACGAAAGUGCAUGCCAUCGUUGCGGGACAGACAUCCGUGAAAGCGCCUGAGAAGCAGGCGUUCGAAAAAUACCUCCCGCGCGACGUGCACAUCGUGUCAUGCCACUCGCUACAUGGCCCGACUGUCAGUCCGCUCGGACAGCCGCUGCCACCUGGACAGAUCCUCAUUAAACACCGCGGCUCGGCUGAUGCACUCACUCUCGUCGAAAAUAUCCUGCGACCCCUGCGCUCACGACACGUCUACCUGUCGUACGACGAGCACGACCUCGUCACCGCGAACACACAAGCGGUCACACACGCCGCGUUUUUGAGCAUGGGGACAGCAUGGGCCGCCGCACAGUCUUACCCCUGGGAGCAGGGCCUGUACGUCGGCGGAAUCGAAACAGCAAAGGUGAACCUAACACUCAGAAUAUACUCCAAUGCAUGGCACGUCUAUGCCGGGCUUGCGAUUCUGAACCCGGCUGCGAGGGUGCAGAUUGAGCGGUAUGCGACGAGCGCGACGGAGCUGUUUAAGAUGAUGCUCGAAGGUGGGAGUGGUGGCGAGGAAGCAAAAAGGCGGUUUAGGGAGCGGGUGGAGUGGGCACGGGAUAUGGUCUUUGGGGGUGUUGCGCGCGAGGGCAGCACUCCGGGCGGCGGGCGGCGACGGCGCCCUAUUUUGUUGAGUGAAGAUGUUCUGGACCGGUUCAGCCUCGGGAAGCUUCCGCCGCCAUCGCCCGUCGACGGGUCCUCCCCCUUCUCCUCCUCACCUACUGAGCCACAGCGCCCGCCAUCAAGAUACCGCCCGAACUCGCACCUCUCAUUGCUCGCUAUGGUUGACUGCUGGGCGCACCUGUACAUCAACCCGUACACGCACCUCUCGCUCGCCGCGACGCCGCUCUUCCGGCUGUUCCUGGGUGUUGCGGAGCACCUCUUCCUUUCACCUACGUCGCUCCUCGAGGCGUCCAUACAUUCCGCGCUGCACGACACAUGGCACCGCGCGGACGACCUCGAGUUUGUCUGUGCCGCGCGCGGGUGGAGUCAGUGUGUGAGCUUUGGGAGCUUCGAGGUGUAUAGGCGGAGAUUUGAAGAGACGCGUGCCUUCUUUGAAGGGCGGUUUGAGGAGGUGGGGAAAGUUGGUGCGGAGAUGAUCAGAGCUGUUAUGGAAAGUGAGAUCAAGAGGGAGGAGGAAGAGGGAGUUGUCUGA